UGUACUGUUGACUGGGAAGCCCCUAUUGCAAACCUGCCAACGCCCGGCGCAGUGACACAAAUAGAGAGGAUACGAUCUUGAAUGAGUAGAGAGGAAUCUAACGCACAGCUAUGCAGACCAUCAAAUGUGUUGUAGUGGGAGACGGAGCUGUGGGUAAAACCUGUCUGCUCAUCUCCUACACCACUAACAAGUUCCCCUCUGAGUAUGUCCCUACGGUGUUUGAUAACUAUGCUGUGACUGUAAUGAUCGGAGGGGAGCCCUACACCCUGGGAUUGUUUGACACUGCAGGUCAGGAGGACUACGACAGGUUACGACCUCUGAGCUACCCCCAGACAGACGUGUUCCUCGUCUGUUUCUCUGUCGUUUCCCCCUCUUCUUUUGAGAACGUCAAAGAGAAGUGGGUACCAGAGAUCACCCACCACUGUCCGAAGACCCCGUUCCUGUUGGUGGGGACUCAGAUUGAUCUGAGGGACGACCCCUCCACCAUAGAGAAGCUGGCCAAGAACAAGCAGAAGCCCAUCACCCCUGAGACGGCAGAGAAGCUGGCCAGGGACCUUAAGGCCGUCAAAUACGUGGAAUGUUCAGCCCUGACGCAGCGAGGGCUGAAGAAUGUAUUUGAUGAAGCUAUCCUAGCCGCCCUAGAGCCACCAGAGACGCAGAGAAAGAGGAAAUGCUGUAUAUUUUAAAGUCUCCCUUCGCCUCACGUUCUCUCCCCAGCUCUCGACCCUCCCUUCCACCUUGCUCCCCUCACCCCUCUGUUGAGUCCCGCUCUCAUCUCCUUCCAUCCACGACCUCCCUCAGUUUCACAUCCUGUCUAAACCACCCGUUUACCCAACCUCCCCGUUUCGGCUUCAACCUACUUCCUGUUUCCCCUUUCAGUCACCAACACACGGCUUACGUCCUGCGUUCCUUCCCUUGUUUUCCUUUCCUCCUCCUUCAUCAGCCUUUCUGCACGGUUUUGUUCAGCGCUUCUUACCAUCUCAGCUGUAACACUGCUACCGUUUGGCUCGGUCCGGUUGGUGCGUGUUACACCGUAUUCCUGGCCCUGGGCAAAGUUUGCUUUGACCUGAUUCAUCCUCUUCAUUUGUCCUCCCUUGAUGAUCAUCACAAACGGCUUUGACUCCAAAGGGCUCUGGCCAAAACAAAAGUAGUGCACAGAGUGUUGGAUCCAGGGGAAAGGGACACACAGCCCAUCUGGAGUUCUGUGGGUGUUUCUACUUCCUGCCUGUUGGAGGGUUUUGUGGAGAGGGUUCCUGAGCUGAAGGGAGCGUGUUGGCUGCACACCGCUCCACAGUACCGUCAUUUAUAACACUCAUUCAAAGAGCCCCAUUCCUAGUGUUAAUGUAUAUUUUGUACUACUGCUAAUGUCGGACGAGGUGGGACCCAUGUGACAUAGGGCUGUUAAGUGCCAGAGUCAUAUGCAGGGAUGCCAUGGUAACCAAAAGAAGUGCACUGCCGCUCAUCCAGUCCUCGUCCCGGAGGCUGGCGACCAUGUAGGCCAGUGACCAUGCCAUGGCACACACAAAGCAGAAGCAUUUUCCAAACAAGUUUACAAAGAGAUCUGCCAUUCAAAGAUUUUUGCAUCUGAACCCAGUAGCUACCUACCCAGUGCUGCCUCUCUACAUAUGACUCUGUUCUGUGCCAUUUGCUGCAGUUCAUAUUCUGCCAUCUUGGAAGUUGAAGAUAUUAAGCUAAUAUAAUCAUGUGAAAUGAUUUGUGAAAUGAAUUAAUAUAAUAAAGGACAACUGAAAAUCGCCUCAUUUGCUCUGCCUCUCUUUUCCUCUAAGCUCCCUCCGUUAGCGUCCGCGGGGCUUGGCUUGCUCGUGUUAGCAGGGCUGGUGAGGAGGGAGCCCAGCCUGGAGCUGGCUGGCUUCCUCCUCACAGGCCUGCAUUGUACCUCCUCACAUGACUGCGCUCAGGCUGAGGCCCGACUAAGCAGCUCUGCUGGCAAUGCGUCAAAGCCACACACCGUUUCCGGCUAACAGAACUGCUAGUGAUAAGUUGGGCUUUGGUGUGCUUGUGUCUGUGCAAGUGGAUGGCUUUUGAUUUUGUUUACGCACUUUGGGCUUGUCGUGGGGUUUGAUUUGAUGACCUGGCACACUCGACCCCCUGUGUGUUUGUUUGUGUCUGGACCCAUGUUCCCUCCUCUCUUGUUUCAGUUGCCUUUGUUUUGAGCGUUCACUGCCUGAUCAGACCACACUAACUCUUUACUGUAGUUCACUUUAGAUGAAUGUAUUGAUGUCACUGGUGAGAUGAGUUUAUAGUUCUCACCCCCCAAGCUUGUACACACACACACACACACACACAAUGUACAGAGUUUCAUACUAUGAAGUUCCAUUUGUUGUUUGGUACACCUACACUGCUAUAUUCCUUACUUUAUUGUUGUUUAUGUUAUACCACUGUAAGAAUGUGUCUCCAGUUUCAUUUGAGAUUUGUUCAAUACUGCAUUCUGUUAGCUCUAUUAUUUGGUUAAUUAAAGCUCUCACUAUCCCUGCUAUCACGUUUUCUGUUGCCCCAUUGGAUUUGUGUGUGAGAUCCUUUGUGGUGCUUGUGCGUGUGUGUCACCCCCUGGUUGAGCCUGUGUGUUUGUGUUUGUGUCCACAGAAAGGCCUAAAGAAUGUGUUUGAUGAGGCGAUACUGGCUGCACUGGAGCCCCCUGAGCCCAA